ACACUCACACACUGACAUAUCCCAGACUGUCAGCAGCUACACUCACACACUCAGCAGCGUCCUCAAACAGCUGGGCCGGAUUUUCGAAGUCCGGCUUCAGUCAGACCGACGCAAUCAUUUUUUUGUCGUCAUGGAAACGUGCUGACUCUGUGUUUCGUCAUCAGGAGGCGAUCGAGAAAAAAGAGAAGCGAGCGAGACGUUUCCACUUCCGUCCUGAGGAGCGCGUCCACCAGAGGAAUGUCUUCCUGGACAAAGACAUCAUGAAGAAAGCGAUCCCCAAAGUGCGCAUGGAGGCGAUCUACGUGACCGGCGUGGACGACAUGAGCACGCAGGACGUCUUCGGGUACUUCAAGGAAUAUCCUCCAGCACACAUCGAGUGGAUCGACGACACGUCCUGUAACGUGGUUUGGCUCGACGAUAACACGUCCAUCCGAGCGCUCGUCAACAGCAGCCGGAUGCCGGACCCUGAGGCGGUUACCGCGGCGACAGCGAGCCCGCAGCAGCAGAGCGAGCAGAGCAAAGGGCGCCGGGGUCAAGGGUCGGACGAGGACGACGAAGAGGAGGAGGGCCAGGUGGACGAGGACGAGGAGGACACGGCGAAGAAGACCGGCGAGGAGAUCGAGGUGAAGGACAGCGAUGGAGAGGUGGAGCCGAAGACGAAGACGGAGGGCGUCCAGGUGGAGUUCAGUCUGACACCCGAUCAGGUUUAUUGA